AUGGCUGCGAAAUCUUGUGUUGCCGUCGCGGCUCUCCUGGUCUCUCAAGGUUUGCCGGUACUCGGCGAGCAAAAUAAAGUCCGGGUGACUACCUCUCAUGCAGUUCCUGGUAGCUUGGCCAAUAUUCACCUCGACUGGGUGGACCAGGCGCCAAAAACUAUCAAGGCCGACUAUGCGCCGUGUGACAGCAAAGGCCAGACUACACAUGGGCACAAAAUUGGCCAAUUCAAGGUUCAAGACCAACCUCCCCAGCGCUUGGCCUGGGCUGUCCCAGAACACGCCCGGAGAAACCAAUGCAUCUAUGUAUAUGACGGUGCUGGGGAUGUUAUUGGAAAAAGCAACCCGGUCCCUCUCCAGAAAAGAAUGAAGAAGCGAUCUAUGGCCGAUACGAAUAUUCCGCUACUCAAGGACUUCGAUGCGCUGGGAACCUGGUUUGACGGCGUGGCCAAAGUGAGCAAGCAUACCGGAAUUGCUUCCAAGCCUGCAGCAAAAAACACCUCAAUUGCAAUCGUGGGUGCAGGAGUAUCAGGACUUGCUACGGGGUUGAUGCUCGAUAGUGUUGGUGUCCACAACUGGGAGAUAAUCGAAGCCGACUCUCGUGUCGGUGGGCGCUUCCGAUCCAAGUUCAUCAAAGGAGAGCUGGCAGAGAUGGGCCCCAUGCGCCUGCCCCAUUCCGUGACCUACAAAAAUGACAACAAGACAUACAAAUACACAGACCAUGAGCUGACGUUUCAGCUGGCGAAUGUUUUGAACAAGAUGAACCACAAUGACUCCAGAUGGAAGAUCGACUUUAUCCCUUGGAUCCAACAUCACCCCAAUGAGCUUAUUGCCCAGGGCACACGUCGGCACCCUGACGGCAGGAUUCCCACGCGGGCAGAGAUUGAGGCAGACCCCAGCUUGGAGGAGCCGGAUGCGAUGAGUAGUCCAGAGUACAAACACACCAAGCAUCGAAUGAACGCCAUCCUCAAAAACGAGACCACACUCCGGUCUAUUCAAACAGACGUUUGGAGGGCGCACAAACUCGCCAUGGACCAGGGACUGGAUGACUGGAGUGAACAGGCCAUGAUGCGCCACGUUUUCAAAGCUAGCGAGAAUGUCACCGAUGAGAUCUGGACUGCCUCGGACUAUGAUGUGUUCUGGGAUGAGCUGCAUCAUAACUCCAACCUCGCCUUAGAUGGGAGCAAAGACUCCCUCGGGAAAACCAACUGGUUGUGCAUCGACGGCGGAUUCAACCGUCUCUCGGAUGCCUUCUUGCCCCACGUCAAAAACCGACUCACUCUCAAUCGAAAGGUCCGGAAGUUGGAGCCCGUGUCAGGAAAGAACGGCAGCACUCACACACGACUCUCUUGGUAUCCCAGCGUCUCGAACAGGACCUUCGAGUCUAAGGAAUACGAUUACACUAUAAUGGCGGUUCCUUUCACCAUGACGCGGUUUAUGCAGCUACCAACCUUCUCGUCAGUCCUCAAUCGCGCGAUUAGUGAGGCUGGCCUGCGGUUCAAAUCUGCAUGCAAGGUUGCCUUGUUGUUCUCGGAGCGCUUCUGGGAGAAGGGUAAGCGGCCAAUCUUCGGUGGCUACUCUAAGCCGCCAAGCGACCCAAUUGGUGCUCUUUACUAUCCGGUCUACGGCCUCAACAAGUCUGGUCCGGGUCUGAUCAUGCACUACCGUGGAGGCGACUGGAGCGACCGAUUCGUCAGCUUCUCCGACGAGGAAUACGUGCAGACGGUACUCGACUCAAUUGUCGAUCUGCAUGGCGAAAAGAUCAGGGAUCUAUACACCGGGGACUACGAGCGUUUAUGCUGGCUUCAAGACGAGCAUACCGCAACUUCUUGGUGUCGGCCAGAUGUCGAGCAGCAUAAGCUCUAUAUUCCCGCGUACCACCAAACCGAGCACAACACUAUCUUUAUCGGCGAGCACACGGCUCCCACGCAGGCCUGGGUUAGCUCUUCCUUGCAUUCUGCGGUCCGCGGCUCGGUCCAGCUUCUUCUGGAAUUAGGGCUGGUUGACGAGGCCAAGGAGCUCAAUCAGCGAUGGAUGGGCCGAUGGAUCAAACUCUGA